CGGUCGAGUUCCAAUUUCUCCCCCUUCCUUCUGCUCCCCCGUGUACUACGCCCAGCAAGUCUGAGAUCCGUUGACCCUACCCCCCAAGAUCACUAAAAUGAGCCUGGCCUACCAACAUCAUCCGCACAACGCCAUAGCAGGACCGUCCAGAAGUCAUGGAACGACCAUGGAUGAAGUCAAGCGGGAAAAGAAGAGGAAGGAAAUUUCAGGGAAACUUAACAGGGAGAUGAACGACAGAAGAGACGAUGGGAGACAUUACAGCGAAACAAUAUCCAUACUACACCAGGCAUCUGUGACGCUCGCUACCAGGCCGGACACUUUGCCUCUUUACAAUCUGAAGCUCCUGCCAUUCACAUUUGAGCGCUCAGCCAAGCUGGUUCAGCUUGAGUACGAAGAACGAUAUGCCUUAGAGUGUGCGCAGACCGCUUACGAUGAAGAACGUGAAAAAGUAGAGAUUGAAUGGAAGAAAGGGCAUGAUAGAGUCAGAGAGAGGUUAAUGGAGAGCAUAGAAGAGCGAAGACGCCGAGCUCGAGAAGACAAGGAAGGAGAGGGUGCUGUUGCAGAUGGCACCCUCGAUUCUCAAUCUCGUCCCCAUAUAACUCGGAAAUUGCGGAACAAAAUGGGCACGUCCCCGCCACCUACUCCCUUGGGAGCUCCUGCUUCCGCGCCCAAUGGUGCCGGUACUAUCAGUGGAUUGCCCAUUACAACUGGACCACUACUCAACCCACACUCGCUCAAUGUCGACGAGUUACCGUCGCCAUUCCCGCUACCAUUGACCUCUACCACCAUACCUACUGGGCCCAACGGAGCCAAUGCCGGAACAGGUACUGGUGCAGGCGGAGGAGGUCGACGUAGGCCCAAAGGCAGCGGAACGCAUCAGAGUCAAGCCAUCGGGGGGCUGGGAAAGAGCCUCGCCAUGCUCUCUGGGUGUAAGGAACAGGAAAUCGAGAGUGAUUUGGGUGAAAUUCGGAGAGGAAACAAGCGGCGGCGCGUCACCACUGGUGCAGGGUUGGGAAAGACCACCCUGUAACGGUAUGUAUCUAUAGUUGUUAUGUUGGUUAGAUGUUAUAUGUAUAUAGCCGUGUUAUUGAGUCAUUACAGUAUCAUUACUUGGAUUUCACAUCAUCGAUUUUUCAAAGAUGGGUUGAGGAUAACAUACAGCCGACAUACAUCGGCCUUUUACAUCGUUGACUUACAUGUCGCGCAUUCUCUCGGCAUCUUGAUCAAACGACGCCGAUCGCACUCGUAUGUACCAACCGUUCUUCCGACCAUCAGAAUCACUCAAAUCAUUGUGUGCGACGCGCAUCGGCCCUUUAUAUGAUUUUUACAACGUGAUAACUGUUGUUGUACUGUUUGACUGACCAG